AUGGUUACAAAUAUGGAUGAUGUAGAGGAACAACUUGAUAUUAUUUUCAAAGAGUUAUUUAGUGCGGAUCAAGUAAAUUCAAAAAUAACGGCAGAGAAAUCGGAUUGUUUAGAAAAGAGAUCAGAAGUUAAGGAAGCGAAUAACAGAUCAAUAUAUGAUAUAUUGAAUACAGUUCCAGAAAGUAGGAAAACUUUAAAUAUUCUACUUCAAAAAUUUGAUGAUUUGCAUGAACCAAUUAAAGUCUCGCAUAAGGGUGAAUAUAGCAUUAACAAGUCGUUGUUGCAAGAAUGUUUUUCUGUUUCAGAAUUGUGGGAACAAGAAGAAAAAAAGAGUAGGUUUUCUACAUCCUCUUCCAAUAUAACUUUACAAGUAGAGUUACCAAUAACUUUUGCUUGGAGUAACAAAAGCAGCCAAGAUAUUGUGAAGGAAGUUAUGCGAAACCAAGAAAAGAAAGAUAAAAUGGAGGAAAUACAAUCAAACAUUCAAUUACCAACCGUUCUACAAAAUAUUCAGAACUGUAAAUUUAUAAAUGAAACGUUACUUAAAGAAGUAAACGAAAAUUUGGUUGAGCUUACAAAGUACACAAGAAGUUGGCAUUAUAUACUACAGAGGAAUGAAGAGCAAGAGAUCAGUGACCUACAGAAGUUAGAUAAUGGAUCUCUUAAUGGAGAAAGUGCUGCUGAUCAGAAACCUGAAAAUUUUAAACCCAACUUUCAGGUUGAUCCACUGGAAAAGUUCGUUGUUACAUCAUUACCUAGAGUCAAAAAGGACUCUACCACAAAAAAUGAGUCUAAAAAGGCUAAAUCUAAAAGUAAAUCAUUUCGGUGGAUAUGGAAUAGUUCUACUAAACAAAAGCACAAAAAUAAGGAGAAGCAUAAUGAUAAAAAUAAACAAUCAGAUAAAGAUAAUGAAUUGAUGGACAUUGUUAGAAAUUCUGAUUAUAAUAGCGAGUCGAUAAAUUGUACAAUUCCAAGUGUUGAAAACGGAAGAUACACUUCAGAAACACUGCCAAUGGAUGUAAAUGAAACUCCAAAAGAAGAACUCGAUUUUGAUUUAGAUAUUCCCUCUUCUUUAGGAUCGAAUGAAUUAUCUAGUAUGAAAACGGAAAAACAGAUAGCUUUCGACUUGAAUAUUACCACUGGUGGGGUGAAUAAAAAUAACAAUAAGUGCACUGAUAGAAAUAAUAUAGAACUAGUAUCAGAAAAUGUUGAAGAUAUUCAAACCAGUAGUAUCAAUUUACAAAAUAGCAGUAAUGAUAGCGACGAUGCUUUUGGUGAAUUUGAAAUUUCUGAUACCGGAACUGUUGUAUCUAAAUAUGAUAAUAUCCUCAUACCAAGCAACCCAAGAGAUAAGAGCACGUCAUUAAUAGAUGAUGAUAAUAUCAGUUUUAAUAUCACAAAUACUUCCACAGAUAAACCUAUAAUUCCAAAUAUGAUGUCAUUUAUACCUUUACAACCUCAAAAAAGGUCAUAA